AUGGAGUUGUCCACGAGUGUCGAUACCGAUUACGCGGAUGCUCUUGGCCUCUUCUACGAGGACGUUCCCCCUCAGCCGGCGAUGGCGGUGGCAAUGGGCAACAACGAGUUGCAGGAGCAGUUCUUCCACGCCAACGCGGAAGACUUGGGCAUGACGUUCUCGAUUCUCCGGCACCUCCGAGAUCAGUUCAAAGUGAACGUCCUAGCACCAGAGUACCCCGGUUAUGGGAUGCUCAGCCAUCGGGAACCUUCAGAGCAGGCACUCAACGAAGUAGCCCUGACCGUUCUGAG